AUGUGGUCGACGCUGUUGGCGGCGCCGCCGCGGCGGCGCCACCUGGACCUGGCGCCGGUGGCAGUGGCCGGGACUACCGACGAUUCCUUCAAUAUUGACAGCUACUUCGUGGUCGACGCCCAUCACCGCGUCCAGGUGACGUUGGCGGCGCUAGCAGCGCGCCAGCGCGAAGGCGCCGGGGUGGCGCUCCCCCAAUUCAGCCGUGCUAGUGGCAGCGCCCAGGGCGGCGCCCAGGGCAGUGGCGGCGGCGCCCAAGGCAAUGGUGGCCAGGGUAACGGCGCCACCACCACAAUGGCGCCCGAAGACGACGGCGCCGGUGGACUCGACCAGUGCCACUUACUUUUUGUCGCGUUUAAGCUGGGGCGCCUCGACGUGUUCUACACUACCGAACCGGGCGCGCUCGCCGUGGGCGACUUGGUGAUGGUCGAGGCUGACCGCGGGCGCGACCUCGGGCGGGUGGCGAAGCUCGCGGUGCUGAUCGACGAGGCGCGGAUGCUCAAGAUGUUGCAGCACUACCAGCAACUGCAGGCGCUUGUCGACGAGCGGCGCAACGACCAGGCGGGGGCGCCGCUCACCUUCCCCUACCCCAAGCGGGUGUUGCGCCCCGCCACCGCCGUCGAGCGCGCGGGCGUGGCGGCGAAGGCGCGCGACGAGGACCUGGCGUGCCGCCAAUUCCUUGUCAAAUUGCGCCACACGGCGCAGCUGCUGGCGCCUGGUGCGCCGGUGCGCCAGAUGCGGCUUGUCGACGCCGAGUACCAGUUUGACCGGCGCAAGCUCACCUUCUAUUACUCGCUGCGCCAGCGCAUCGACUUCCGAGAUCUUGUGCGCGAGUUGUUCCGGUUCUACAAGACCCGGAUCUGGAUGCUGGCCGUCAACGGGGUGCCGUACGUGGUCCCCCGGGAGCCUGAGAUGGUCAUGGUCGACGAGUUCACCGAAACUCCCUACGAGCAGUGGUACACCCCCAGAAGAGUGGGGUUCGGCUCCGGGUAUGGUACCGCUGCCGGUGCCGGAUACGGCCUGGGCUACGGCGCCGGGUACGCUCUGGGGACGGGGGAAUUGUCGAUGCUUCCCUCUGCCACCAUGCCCCCGUUGAUCGGGGGGGUGCCCUCAGCGGGUACGACGCCAAUGUGGGACGACGGUGCUGGCACUGGUGCUGGCACUGCGAUUACCGAGGUCAUGGCCGAGGUGCGCUCGCCCCAAGUUCCUACCCCCGGAACGUCAGUGAGCGCGACUACUGCCACCACCACCACCGAAGAACACUUGCGGAUGGAGCCGUUGUUGGCGCUGUUGGUGAACUCAAUCAACUUGGGGUGA